AUGAAAGCUUUGUUGCGUCUUUGUGAGUUCAGAGAUGUACCUGAAAUGAUUCAGAUUCCGGGUUGUGUACCGAUCUGGGGAAUCGAUCUUCUGAGGCCAUUAAGAGAUCGGAAAACAGAGACUUAUGCAAGUGUGAUACAUUAUUGGAAGAAGUUGAGUUUGGGAAAAGGCAUCUUCAUCAAUAGCUUUGAGGAGAUUGAACAUGGUGCUAUCGAGGCUUUGAAUGGGAAACAAUGGGACAAUCCUCCCGUCUACCCAAUUGGACCACUAAUCAGAACAACGGGUGUGCACAAUGAUGGAUCGGAUGAGUCAGGUUGUCUGAAGUGGUUGGACAAUCAAUCACAAGGUUCUGUUCUGUUUGUUUCGUUCGGCAGCGGUGGAACCCUCUCAGGUGAGCAACUAACAGAAUUGGCUUUAGGGUUGGAAAUGAGUGAACAAAAAUUCCUGUGGUUUUUCACAAGUCCUACACCUAGUGGAAAGGCUGCUAAUGCAUCUUACUUGUGCGCUCAAAAUUCUGUGGAUCCCUCUGGAGUGUUACCUAAAGGGUUUUUGGACAGAACCCAAAAUUCAGGUUUGGUUGUUUCUUCAUGGGGACCACAAAUUCAAAUCCUGGAGCAUGGAUCAACUGGUGGGUUUUUAACCCAUUGUGGGUGGAACUCAACCCUGGAGAGCAUCGUGCAUGGAGUCCCCUUAAUUGCAUUCCCACUCUUUGCAGAGCAGACGAUGAACGCAGUGAUGCUCACUAAUGAUAUGAAAGUAGCUAUAAGGCCGAAGCCAGUGAAAAAUGGUAUUAUAGGACGUGACGAGAUUUGUAAGGUUGUCAAGGAACUUAUGGAAGGUGAAGAAGGAAAGAGACUUAGGAGUAAGAUGGAAGAACUUAAAUGUGCUGCGACUAGCACAUUGGCUGAAGCUGGCUCCUCAACUAUAGCAUUUGCUAAGGCGGUGAAAGCCUGGAAAAAUUACUAGUUAUCUUGCAUUGACAAGUAGAAAUAAAGAACCAGCCAUGAGGGAAAUG